GUUUGAUUUGACUGGCGAACUGUUAUCAUUCUUGCCCCUUUAAAUUCCACCAAAAUGUCGUGUUCUAUAGAAGUAUAGCCACCCGUGUGUCUUCUCUGUAUUCCCGUAUUAUUUCUGUUUCUUGGUUUGACCAUAUCUCGACUGGUUUCGAUCCCGGAGAACUAAUUUUAGGAAGAAAACCGGACGGAAAGUUGACGAGAUACGUGGCAGAGUGAGGAGAAAGGCUUCUGCGUGUGUUGUGUAUCUACGCAUUUCAUGUGUGUAGGCAAGAUCGUCGAAGUAUAUGAGGAUGAUUAAGAAGUCUGAGCCUGAUGAGGAAGGAGGAGAGAAGGAAGAAGAGGAGGGUGGUGGUGGUGGUGGUGGUGAGAAGCCCAAGAAGCAGCCGGAGACCCCAGUCAAAGCCAAGAACAUCAAGUGGCAAUAUGACGCUGAAGAGUUAUUUAACCUAAGAGACAGCCCAGCUACCAAGAGGAAGCCAAUUUGUCUGUCUGAGGAGUACUGCGAUGACAAUGGUGUUUGGGAUCCUGAGAAGUGGCAUGGCUCUCUGUCCGGCAAGAGGUCACGUGGGCCGUCACCUUUGACCCUGCAGGAAGGAGGUCGUGACAGGAAGAAAUUUACUGGUGAUGUCAAAGAUCGUUUAAAGGAUGACAAAGAUGGCAUUAUUCUGAGCCCCCAGCGCCGCAGCUUUGGGCACGGCUGCAGCGUCACAACCCCUCUCAACACCACUCUCCCCACCCAUCUGGGCUCAAACUUCAGCAGCGAUCGGGAUAAGGAUAACAUUCCCCGCACUCUGCCGACGCGCCGCAUCGGGAGCGGCCGAAUCAUCACGCGAAACCGCUCCCUAGACGAGGAGAGGGAGGUAGACGUGAGGGAUCGGCCCCGAGACCGAGUAGACCGAGAUAGAGAAGGGGGCACUGGCAGAGACGGUGGUAGAUACGGUGAUAGAGACAACAACCCCAGGGUCAUUAACAGACGAGGAAGCCAUGGUACUGCUGACCGAUCAUGGAGAGCACCAAGACACGAGGAGCCAGAGUGGUUUACCGAGGGACCGGAGAGCCAGUCAGACACCAUCGUACUGCGUGGUUUUAGCAACAAGCACAUGGAUGACAGUGGAAGCGACACAGAGGCCAAGGAUACAGGAAACACGGGUCCAUCAGUCGCAGAUCGUAACGGUAGUAUGGAGACGGCAAGCUCCAGCUCCCCAGAGGGUGGACGGGAGCGAUUUGAGAACAGCCACAACACCAGCGGCACCACGCCCAGCAAGGAUUUCGACAUCAAUGACUUCUUCAAGUUUGCUGACAAUAUUCCCAUGCCGAUGGUUGCUAGUCCUGAUGAAGCCGAGCGGACCGGUAAGAGUAGAUUCAGUCAUCUCUUCACGUCCACGGUGAGUCGUAGCAGGAGCAGCAGCACAAGUCGUAGCAACAGCAGGAAGUCUUCUCUUCAUGACGACGAACUGGACUUCUUGAAUGAAUUGACACAUCGAAACAGUCCAGCGCUGAUGUCGCCUGCGUCUGUGUUCACGCCAAUCAAACCCAUGGGUGACCACGGGUCCCAUCGCCAGUCCCAUCCUUCGUCCCAGCAACCUCAGACCCAGCAGUCUCUACUGCAUAUCCUGCAGAGCGGCGGUCAGGGACGCUCGGCCCAGAACUACCCUGCGCCACAAGGCCAGGUGAAGAGUCUCGCCGAGAUAGAAGCCGGCCUGAAGCAGACCACCAUCACCACUAGACCGGCGAUGGGCAGGACCACUCCGCCCGCCCCUGUACCUCUGAGCAACACCAUGGCCCAGUCCAGCAGGGAGAGGAUGAACCAGCUUGGUGGACUGUUCAGCAUGAUGGCCGGACAGUCCAAGGAAGAUCAGACUGCGUUCAAUCGCUUUGUGUCCAGCAUGAGGGCUGCUGGAAGUCUGCCAAAUGCUGGCAUGCAGCAUCCAGUGGAGGGGCGCUCCCUCUCUCCUAUCGAGGUACAACUCCUGCGCCAGCACAUGACGCCCUCCCCUCAACCCCCAGCCCAGCAGAUGUUCAGCCACACCCAUCCUCCUCACAGCGUCAAUAGCCCCGCCCUCAGCAUGGCGGCCAUGAUGGGCGGCGACGGGCAGCAUCAGCAACAAGGCGUUGUCCUUGGGAGCCAGGGGAGGCGACCCCAUGGGCAGGCUGUGCCCCCUACACUGCAGGUUCCUGAUAUAGUGAACAGAGUUCCCUCCCCGAUCAACCAGGAGGUCAUGGCGACCAUGAUGCCCCAGGUGCCCCAACCCCAGACCAGACAGCAGCCCCAUCUCCUCAAGCCAACCCCAACCAACCAGCAAGAGGUGAUCAACGCCCUCCUGCAGCAGGCUUCAACCAACCCGACCCUGGCCGCCGCCCUGAGGAACCAGGCCGGCAUGACGCCCCAGGGCGGGAUGAGUCCCGUGGGUAGAGUGCCGUCGCCGGCGAUUCACCAGGAUUUGCUUCACCAGGCGCUGCUGCCGCCUCACACACCCAGGACACCAUCACCUAUAGCUUUUGGCCAGCAGUCGCCCCUCCCUGGGGGUCGAAGCCCAAUACCCUUUGGCUUACCGGGUGCAACCUCGCCCCUCCUGCCCAAUGCACGGUCCCCUAUCAUGCCGGCUAGUCCAAGUGCGACACCCAUUCGCCCCCGUGUGCCGUCACCCCAAGAGUUGGCCAAACACACCCAGAACAUCCUGCAGCAGGCGUUGAUCAAGCGGCAGCUGGAAGUUCAGAAGGAGAAGUUUAUGGCCAGAGAGUCUGCAAGCAGGUCCAAGUCACCGGGUCCACAAGGGCCGGGCGGUGGCAUGAUGCAACAAAUGCCCCCUGUUCAGAUGGGCUCUGGGCAGAUGGUCCCUGGCCAGAUGGGCCCUGGGCAAAUGCCCCCUGGGCAAAUGGUCCCUGGCCAGAUGGGGCCUGGGCAAAUGCAUCCUGGACAGAUGCCCCCUGGCCAGAUGGGCCCUGGGCAAAUGCAUCCUGGCCAGAUGGGACCAGGAGGGGUCCCGAUGGGUCCAGGAGGGAUACCAGAGAGAUGGGGACCUCAGCAGAUUACGACGACGUUCACCAACCCUCCUCCGACUACCCCUACCAAGACAAUGCCAAAGUUAGCUACUGCAUUUACGCCAACAUCGGUGAUCCGUAAGAUGCACGAGACACGAGCAGAGGCAAAGAUGGCUGGCAGUGCUGACCCCAAGACGCCGGGUGAAGCAAAGGAAGGUGACAGGACCUCAGACACUAUACCUGGUUCCCCGCAGCAUACUCCCGCUCCGGGAGACAAAUCCUCAUCGAGUAUCAAGACUCCUACAGUGACCUUGACCACAGCUACACCUCCUCGUUCAUCGGAUGGUGGAUCAGUGCUAGGCUCACCAAGCAGGGUUAGAGUUGCCCUGAGCCCUCAAGGGGGUCUAUCCCCGAUGCAUAAGCCAAAUAUGGUGCCAGACCAACAACAGUCCUCGCCGCACAGACAGCCAAUGAAGCAGCAGAAACAGGCUGGGGAGAAUCUGAUGGGGCAACAGCAGCAGAAGAUGCAGCCGCCGCUGUCGCCUGCACACCAGCCACAUUCCUCACCGUCCCGACACCCCGGGCGACACCCCGAACAGCAGCAGCACCACCAGCCGCAUAAUCACAACCAGCCGGGACCAGAGCACAACUUCUCAGGCGACAGGAACAGACGCCAGCAGCCGCAGUCCAGACCGAACAGUCACUCGCCGAUUCCGCCCAAUAUGGCAGGGCACCGGGGCGUGUCUCCCCGCCCUAUGGGACCCCCGUUCGGGGCAGGUGGCAUGCCGAGGAUGAAUCCGGGUAUGAUGACGUCGCCGGCAGCUGCACAGGCUCAAGUACAAGCCCAGGCUGCUGCCCUGGCUCAGGCGACCCUGAUUCGUGGAGCUCUUUUUCAGCAAGCUACAAUGCCUUCACCUAUGAGGGGAGGGAAUCCUUUUCCACAGAUGCAACAACAGCAGCAGCAACAACAACAACAACAACAGCAGCAACAACAACAACAACAGCAGACCCAACAGACUCGCCCCGGUGUGUCACCGCAAUUAGCCUCCAUGCAACUGAUCUUGAACCAGAUGAACGCCUUUCAAGGUGCAUUAGCGGCAGGUAUGCAGCAGAAACAGCAGCACCAACAACAGCAGCAGCAGCAGCAACAACAUCGGCCUCCUCAAGCUGGCCAGCAGCAGUUCAACCAGCAAGAUAUGUUCAAGCAUUUGUCAGAAAUGUCGGCGCCCCAGCACCAGUCCCAGCAUCUGCACCAACAGCAGCAGCACCACCAACAACAGCAACAUCAACAGCAUAUGCAGCAGUUCAUGUCCCCUCAACCAACCAACUACCACAUCAAUGACAGUGGCAUAGGAAUGAACGGAAGCAGUCAGGAGUCCAGACACUCUCCGGUCAACCAGCUUGCCAAGUGGUUCGGAGCAGACGUCCUGAAGCAGCCAAUGUCCCAGAUGACCCCAGUGCUGCCCCAGGGGCAGAAGGUCAUGUCGGUGGAAGAGUUGGAACGACAGCAGCAGGUCGUCGGCUAAGUGUCAAAAGGUCAGAGGCUAUACAAAAUGGGGGAACUGCCGAGAAGAGGUAACAUGUUUCAGUUAAUAAUUAAUAGUGUUUUCCGUUUUGUUAAGUUGACUCGAGUCUACAGCAAGAGGUGUAUUGCUGGUGUCAAAGGUCAAAAUCGGAGGAUGUCUCUUAAAAGCACACCCAUGGUGUACUCUGUAUAUUUAUUACGGUCUCUCAGACACAUUUCAUUGGUUAGUCUCUGUGUUUCAAAGAUGAACUGCUCAGAAACAGUAGUCUGGUUGGGCGGUUUUAUCUCGAUGUGAGAUAAUCAGAAGUAGUCCUUUGGACGAUGUAGUUGUCUGAGAUUUAAUUUGUUAAGAAGAAGAUUUGUUUCUCUCUCUCUCUCUCUCUCGCUCUACUUGAGAAAUCCGAAUGAACUUUUUCGGCAAAUGUACACAGAUGUAAAUUAUGUAUAUUAAUGUAUUUGUGCAGAAUUUAAAUUUGUCAAUGUGUUGAUUUUUGUCGUCGGCAUUUUUUGGUUCUUCUCUUCAAUCCUAGUUUUGUUGAAAGUGCCAAAUAAUAUUUGUGUAUACUUCAUGAUGUAAAGUUUAAAGGGAUAGGGGCCAACCAAGAAAGCAAAAAAGGGUUUGGCUUCAAGUGAGGUUUGAUCAUUUAUUAACUCUUCUUUUUGAUACAAAAAAAAAGUGAUUGUUAUGUGAAAAACAAGAAUGUCCUCGAUCACAAGGAAACUGAAGUUAAUAUUUGCACUGAAUGUGUGUUUCUUUGUGACAUAGUCCAGAUUAAUGUAAUAUUCACUACGUGUAGAACUGUUUUUCUUUUAUGGUCGCAUUGUUUUCAUUGCAUGUAUAACAAAAAGAGGAUGACUUUGGUCAUCAAACAAUCCUUUUUUUUAUUUUUUUGUAGAGAAAAAUUUAGAUAGUUUGUACUCGAGAAGAAAACAAAAUUUAAUUUUUGUUUAUACUGAGAAAGAAGUGGAUGCUUAUUGUACAAAACAUAAACGCCAAAAAAAUACAAUUUCAAUGUUUGUAAAUAUGAUAUUGUGUGUUUUCCGAUACUAAGUUGUUGUUUUUUUUGGAGGGGGGUGGUUGGGGGUGGGAAGGGGGUAAUUUACCUUGUGUAAAUUAGUGAAACAGUCGUUCACUGAUGUCCUGAAAGAGAGAUAUUUAUUUAAGUGUAAGAUUUUUUUUUUUCUUAAGUAAUUCACUUGUGUGAUUCUUUCGUUUUUCGAACUAUAAAGUGAAGCCCUUGUACGUUACUUCUGAGUAAUUUUCUUCAAGUCUCAACAUGUCAUAUCCCCAUCUUUUUAGUUUUUCUUAAAUCUUUGCUCACUGAUUUAUUGCGACUUUGUCUUUAAUUAUUUUAUGGUUGUAAAUUGUAGGAUGAAAAGAGUUUCACCAUUCAAAAAAAAAUCAGAAAAAAAUGUUUUUGUUUGUUAACCCUGUCUGUGUUGCAAAAAUUGUAUAUAUUUUGUAUAAUUUUGUUGUCUUCUUCUUUUCUUUCUUCUAAGAGUAACAAGUUUUGUUGUUGAUAGACAGGGUUACCGGCUAAAAUUCCAGCUAAUGUAUAUGGGUUGUGACUGGUUCCCUGUAAAUUUUUGCUUAGCAGACACACUUUGUAAUGGAGUCCCAUUUUCUGCUUAGCAGUUUCUAUGAAAUUGGAACCUAAACAUGCUGAAUGAAUUUAGGAUGUGUUUUGCAAAUCGACACAAGGUAUUCAGACUUGGCUCAUGUCAAAAUAGAUGGGUUGGAAUAUGCGUCAUCGACCGCCAUCUUUGAUGUAUUAACAAGGGAAAAGUGCACGCGUGUAUGCGCUGCACGUGACUCGGCUGUUCAUGUGUGCACAAUUCAUCAAAUAUGGCGGUCAAUGGCGCCUUUCAAAAUCCAUCUGUUUAGACUGAUGGUUUUCUUAAAACAUGUUGUGUCCAUUUACUAUUCAAGCAGUCAGCAGGGGGACUAAACUCGCAUGAUCUUAAGUGCGAUGGGAUUAUGAAAAAAGUUGAGGAGAGAUACCAAGGGAGGGAGUACAUCGUUGUAUUUGUUGCUUGAGAGAGGGAAAUAUGAUGAGAUGUGGAUGCUAACCGUGAAGUGUGCUUGCUUAAUUAUGUGGGUCGGGCUGUUUAUACUUGCAAUGUCUCAGUGAUUUAGGUCAAUGGUGUAAGUCCGUAUACAGUGCCAUACCAGUCAAGUGGGAAGGCUGCAAAACAAGUUACCAGUGUCAUACCAGGCGCCGAUUUUACAAGACCUAAGAUUGAUCUUAAAGGCAGUGGACACUAUUGGUAAUUACUAAAAAUAUUUAUUAGCAUAAAAACUUUCUUGGUG